AUGCCUCUAAUCUUAUUUACUGGUUACCCAUCAAGUGGGAAGACUACAAAGGCAAAAGAACUAAUCUCUUUACUCUCAACAAAGACAAACAAGAAAAUCAUCUAUCAUUCAGAUGAUACUCUUUCAAUAUCACAUCAAGAUUAUGAAAACUCAAAAGAUGAAAAAAAUUUGCGUUCAAAGAUAACUUCUGUAGUGAAAAGAGAUCUCUCAACGAAUAACAUCGUUAUUAUAGACUCAUUGAAUUAUAUCAAAGGGUUCCGUUAUCAAUUACAUUGUGAAGCUAAAAAUAUGUCAACUCCAUUUGCUUUAAUUCAUAUAAUGUGUCCCGUUGAUACUUGCCAAUUAUGGAAUUCAAAUAAUACUACAAAUCAAUGGGAUUCAAAUCUUCUAUCUCAAUUGAUAGAUAGAUACGAAGAACCAAAUGAUAUGAAUCGUUGGGAUUCUCCAUUGUUCCCAAUUUACUCUCCAACUGAUAAAUUCGACGAUAAUUUAAUUUCAAAAAUUGUAUCAAUCGUCGAUUCAUCAACAACGUCAAAUCCAAGAUCUGUCUUAAAACCAAAUUCUGUAACUAAACAAACUUUACAACCAUCAACAACAAAUUUCAUUUCAAUAUUAGAAAGGCAAACUACAGACAUCGUCAACAUUAUCAUCGCAAGAAUUAAAGAUCUAAAUGAAAUUGGUCAAUCCUACCAUGGUCAACGUAUAAUCAUCGUACCCAACGAGGAUAUCGAUCAAUCAAUUUAUAUCGAUCUACCAUUAAGUGGUACUGUCAAUUUACCCGUAUUACAAAGACUAAAGAGACAAUUUAUCAAUCUUAAUAAGAUUAGAAUUAUAGAAAAUGAUAGAAUUAUUCACCUCUUUGUAGAUUAUUUAAGUAAAAAUUUAAAUAAAUAA